AUGAGUUUCAUACAAUUCACUGAUUGGAAGCCCGAUCGGUUUAAAAAACUGUUCGAACAAAUAACAAAAAUUUUCCGCACGCCUACGCAUAAGAAUCUGAGGGAGCUUCGGACGGAACUAAUAAAAAACAAAUCUUGGUUCAUAAACCUAUUAGACGUUCCACCGAAGAACGACGCAAGUAGAACACAGAUCCGCCAAGGAUCAAUCGUUAUAAGCGGUCAGGAAUAUAAGCUCAACAAUCAGUAUAUUGAAGCUACCAUAAUUUUAUCUGAUGCUUUGAACAUUGAUGAAAAGUUCGCCGCCACGCUCUAUCUACACGGCGUUCAAUGUGCUUACUCGAACAAAUCAGCACUACACCAGGCAGUAUUGCUAUUUCUUAGCGAAAGCAAUUAUCUUCUCGGAUGUCUCUAUACAAUCAUUAGCACUCCAGGACAAGAAGAUUACGAUUUGAACGUCAGAGAAUUAUUCCAGGCUUUUGUGAGUGAAUUGGUAGAAGGAUUCAAGAAGAAAACUCAUCCAGAGAGUUUUGCGAGCAAGCUCAUGAAAACUCUUGCAUCACUGCGUAUUGAUCUGAAUGAUUUGAAUGACCGACAGAUACAACUGAAUCGUGGCAUCCAGACAUUACAAGGUCAAGAACAACGACAACUUCGGCAGGAAUCGCAAGAGCAAUGGUUGGCAAUUCGCGACCGUCUUGUUGAUGUGCUUCAAGACCGGAUAAAAGCUUUGACGUCUCAGCGUAAAAAGCUUGCUCGCAUUUUAUAUACGUACUCGUAUAACUUUUUACUUGAGACUCAAGAAAUUUUCGAAUUAGCAGCGAUUCUACAAAAGGCUAAUUUACAGGAUUUUGUUGUUCCUCAUCUUGUCUGUUCACUGCUUGCUUCCAUCGACAUUACUCCAGAGCAUGUAAAUCUGAAAACCGCAAUUGUUAGAUUCAAUCAGACAAGAAGUGAUAGAGACUUUAUCUCUAAUUUUACCCAACUAGUAAGUUCUGAUGGAUGGGAUGCCAAGGAAAUUCAAGCAGUAAUCACGUUACAAUGGAGUAUGUAUGCAUGGGAAGCAACAAAAAAAUCGCCUGCUUUGCGACAACAAUUAAACCUUGAAGAUGACCAGCUGACGCGUAUGUCGGAGAAGGCAAUACUCGAUGAUGCCUUCCAAUUCAUAACCUAUUAUUUAUUAUCGUUUACAUCAACUAAUCAUGCCAUCGAGCCCGCGCGUCGAGUUGAAAUUGAAAUAGACGAAGAGUUUCGUUAUUUUCUAUUGCAACAGUUGCGUCUACUUGUUUUAUCUUUCAUAAGCACUAAUAUGUUUGGUGCUCUUAAGAAAAUUCAGACUCGCGAAGAAGAUGCUCAUAUAUCCGUAGGCGUGCAACCGCAGUCGCGUCCACCAGCAACGAAAAAACAACCGAAAAUGCGACACGAUGUGGAGGCUUUUUUUAUGUUGAUUGCUGCACUAUAUAGAGAUGAGCCAGACGAAGGAUUGAUCAUGUGGCACGAGCAUCGACCAUUCUUGCAUUGGGCAUCUGGCUGCGAUGAACAAGGAAUGAUGAGAGCAUUCUUGGAAAUGCUUGCUUCGUUGGCAACAGGCACAAGAGCUAGCGAGGCUGCAGACGAGUUUCUCUUGGCAAAUGAACAAGCUGUGAACACAUGGUGCUCAUGGAAAACAUUAGAUUCUGCGCUUAAAGCAUAUGGAUCCCCGCUUGGCAUGGGAGUUAGUAUGGCAUCCGGACCGAAUUGGCAGUACGUGGAGGAGAUUAGCAAAGGAGAAGUUCCGGUUCUUACUGCUUUCGCAAGAGUUCUUGGCCAAGUGGUGAAAUAUUCAGGAAUAGCACGUGCAAGGCUGUUCAAAGAGAAAUACCUUGAGAAAUUAUUCAAUUUGUUAAGUUUAAACGUGUCUCUGGAUUUGAAGGCAGCGAUAUUUGACGCCAUUUCCGCGUUUUGCGAACCACUAGAUGAUUAUGCUGAUAUUAUAUGGCAAGUAUGGUCUCAUCUAGAACGUUUACCUGUGUUUCCGAGGAAUGAUAUGAACGGUAGAAUGUUGCCAUAUGGAAAUAAUGGAGCAUCAUUGAAGCGAGAAUUAGAAGAGAAGGAAGUACCGAACAAGAAGUAUCCGGAAACAAUCGCAUUUCUUCAUUUGAUCAGCGUUCUUAUUCAUAUUCCCAACAAACGUGCUGCUCUUCGUACUGGUCUGCCCGUCAGAUCGCCCACUAUACCUCAUAGCCUAGGUGAACCAUAUCGUUCUCGUGGAAUUAUCCCUUACAUUGAGUUUAUCAUUGACAACAUUCUUGUUAAAGCUCUUACUCGAGCAUACGCUUAUCCGCCAGAGAAAUGGAACGUAUUGGCGCUAUCAUUAGACAUUGUUGAGAAAUGUCUGAUAUGUUUUGAUCUGACCGGACUGUUUUAUCAAGACGCAUUCCAACGUUCUUUAGCUUCUGUUCGAGGAGCACCUGUUAAUCUUGCAGCUAUACUACCUGAACCGAUAGAGACACUGAAACGACAUCCUGGGUAUGAUAUAAUGAAGCGUUUGUUGUGUAAUUCUCGAUUAAUGGAUGUUAUUUUUGAAAUUAUAUCGUAUGGAUUUGAAGCCAUCAAUGAGAAUAAGAUGAAGACGCCUCUCUUUGCUCAAUCCGUGCUCCAUUGUCUUCGAAUACUCGAAUUGGCUUUACGUAAGCAGGACCGAUUUACGAACAAGUUAUUACCCUUAACUAAGGACAAUUUGCAGCAGGGACGUCUGGAGGCAGCCUUUAUGUCUAAACCGGAAAUUUUAGUACAAGUGGCAUUAUUAUUACAAUGUGGUCACUAUAAUGAUAUAUGUUUUCAUUCAGUUAAUAUAUUGGCCAUAUUAUUGCGCUCUAGUACAUUUAAUGCGGGCAAUAUGGUUGGCGCUAAAAUCAAUAGAUUGUCUGCCGUCUUAACAAGAUCGCCUGAUUCGGAUAGAAUACUUUCUGGAUUUGUGGACAGAUUAGAGUGGAAGGGUGAUGAUGAAGUGAGGGAUAUUCUCAUUGAUCGGGAGGAUGAUGAGAUUGAGAGGAUAAUUGAGCAAGAUGCAAAGGACACUUAUUUGAGCAGAAUGCAGGACGAGGAAGAGGAAGAUGAAAUGGCUGCUUCAUUGGAAAACGAGGAAGGAAUAACUGCAGAGACAGUAGGCUUUGCUAUACUGGAUUUAAUAUUAGAAAGUUUAAGGAGCAAUGAACCGUCACCCAAAUUUGCACAUUUCUUGCUUGGAUAUGCUUCAUAUGGCUCCGGUGAAUCAAUCGCCAUGUAUGAAGGUAUAACCACAUGCUUUCAUGUUAUACUAAGAAUGCUGGAGCCUCCUGUUGAUGAUGCUAGCGAAAAUGAUGACGAGACAAGGCGGGCCAAUUCGCUGGCUGUAACUAACCCACUGUUGGCCAGUCGUUGUUAUGAAGUUAUAUAUAGACUUUGUAGUAACAAUCAGACUGCAGAGAAAACUCUGGUCACUCUCCGUACUCAAUACAACUUUACAUUCGAUCAAUUUAAACUGAUAUCACCACAUAUAGAACAGCCAGUCGUAUCAUAUGAAGAUAACAGUGUAGUCCAUCGACAUGACCAGUCUAAGGUCAAGAUCGACUUGGCCACAUUAACUGCUUAUAUUUGGCAGAGAACUUGGCUAAUGAAGUUAGUUGCGCUUGAACUGAAGAGAUGUCCAACGCGUUCCAAUGUAGAGAAUCUAUUGGCUGUUUGUUUUGGAAGUAAUGCAGUUGGAACCAGUGACGAGAAUGAGUCUGCUCCAAUGGAUGUUGUUGGAGAUGACACAAUGAAGAUACUGGAAUUACUUCAUAUGUUAGAGCAUGAAUGGCAAGAUCAAUAUCAAAUGGAUAAUCUGCAUCGUCGCUAUUUCGAUCGUCUUAAUAUUGACAUAUUCCAAGAAGUAAUGAAUAAGAAAAGUAAGAAACGACGCACUGUGUAUAAUAUCAGAGACAUUUACUCGGCUCUUGAAUUGGAGAAAAUGAAAUUGAGAACCACGAUCGGCAGUCGACAAGAUUGGCAUAAUAUGUGUGAUGAAAUGAAGCGGAUAGUCAGAUACUGUUUUUUUAUGAAUAGACGAGUCAAAUAUGUUGAUACUCGCCAACAAUGUUUCUUUGCGUGGAGAGAAGUCGUAGAUAUAGUUUUUUAUAACAUGUAUGAAAUACUUCGAUUCGAAAAACGUGAAGCUAUAGUGCAGGAUAUCUUAUCACAUACAUUGAAAGUUAUUAAAGAUGAAGAUGAAGCGAUAGCAGAGUGUCUAAGUAAGACGGUGGUAGCCGCUAUUACCACGUUCAGACAGACUCGCCUUAUGCAAGAUAUGUUUCAAUCAGCCUCCAAUAAUCAAUCUUCGAGUUCAUCUGCGACAGUUUUUCCAGAAAAUUUCUGUGACAUUUUUAAACAGAUAAUCGACUGUCUCUUGCUUGAUUUGACAAGAAUAGAGACUAGAAUGAAUCUAUAUAUCGCUAUCUGUACUUAUUUACGCUAUUGUAAUUCGGAAAGAGAAGAAAUAUUAUUUCCGGUUCAAAGUGCAUACCAUAAUAGACAAUCACUUGCUAGUACAUCUACAUCUGCAGCAGCGUCAAACCAGCCAUUAAUCACGCCUGUACGCGGUACUGGUGUAAGAUCUGUUGUUGAUGCUGGUAAUCUGUCUAUUCUUCGCAAUGCGGGGGAGAGAUUACUAGAGAUUAUCAGAUUAGAUGCAUCAGAGGGUCAAGUUGGUGGGCAGUUAGCUGCAUUGACCGUAUUGGCUGUAUUAUGCGUUGUAUACUCGAAAGAGAAGAUUAACAUAGUAGUUGACUUCUUGAUUAGAAGUCAGUUCGUGGCUAAUACGAUAGACGAAUUGAAGCGUAGUGAUGAUUUAUUGAAAAAGGCAACCAAAUCCACAAGAGAGCUACCUGUUGUUCAUGCGACGUAUUUAUUUGAGUCGAGGAUAUCCUUGUUACUUCGGAUUUCCCAGAGACCUGAAUGUGCUGGCAAGCUAGUUGAUUUUGCUAUAAUGGAGACUAUGAAGGAAUUAACGUUUUUGGAUGAACGACUACCACAUAAUAUUUCUCAAGAUGAAGAUAAUUCUGACAGAACGUCAUACGAGAAGUAUAAUUCGCUAUUACUGAUGGUCAUACGGCUUAUUGUGAGUAUUCUAACGGCCAUCGGACACGAGAGCGGUAGUGUAUUAGGAAAGGCGACAGGUUUUGUUGCUAGUCAUCAAGGGGUAAUGGCGGAUAUCUUUACCGAUUUCAUACCACUUAGUGCGUUGACAUCAAAUAACAAGACAACACGAACACGCUGCAUCAAGCAUCUUGAACUAUUAUGUGAAGUGACCGCACUAUUUUUUUAUCUCGGUAACAAAAUAGAUUCGGUUGAUAAAUCGAGAACGGGGAAUCAUCAGCCAACGUUCCAUAAUUUAAUGCGGGAGCUCAUUUCGCGCUUUUUUACAUACAACCAUAACAAUAUAAUGAUCGACGUUGAUGAUGAAGAGUACCUUCGGCAAGCAGAUAGGCUGAUUGCGCUAAUAAGCAGAAAUCUCAUAAACUGGGCACAGAAAGUGACUGAUUUCAAAGUUAAUGAAUUUAAGCCGCUGUUUACCGCAUCGCUGAAGGCAGCUCAACGACCAGCAGAACAUCACAUCGAGACAAGAGAACCAGAGCUAUCUGUGCUCGUUGUUUACCUUCGAUUAUCUGUAUCGAAGGUAUUUGAUGGACUGCAAAAGUCGGGCGACGUUCCAUCAGAAGCUUUAAAUCAAGACCUAAGUAAUGUUGAAAUGGCCAUCUUAAUACUCUGGCGCCAUCUUAAUUAUUAUUUAUCGUCAAGAACAGCAACGCCAUCAGGAUCUUCGUUUCCCGUAACUCGGCCAUCUUUAAGCUUGUACAAUCGAAGAGAUCCGGUAACAGAACAAUUAAAAGCUGCUUCUCGGGACGUUUUGCUCUCGAUGAUGGAUGAUAUGAAUGAGCGAUUCACAACAGAAUUGACGAAUAUCCUGUUCGAACCACGAAAGAGAUAUCUUCUGAUGGUAAUACGCAAGAUCAAGACGCUUAUAGCAAGAGAAAAUUAA